GGAAGGCCGAGUUUCACUGCUCAUCUCACUUUGGGACAGGCAGGAGUGGUAUGGGAUGGAGGAGGGGCUGCUUACUCAAUGGCCACAGCAGGCCUGGGGACCUGGACUUUGUCCCCAGAGCUGCUUCCCGGCUUUGACAAUCUCCCAGGGGUGCUGAGUGCCACCUCCAAGCAUUUGAAUGCCGUCCAUCUACUAUCCAGCAUGGCAUUGGAGGAGCGGCCAGAGAGACAGGGCAGAACAGCAGAGCAGGGGCUCCAUGGCUGGAGAGUGGAGAUGAGACAGAAGACGGUUUUAUGGGAUUCUGUAAGAGUCCUUGAGCUGUAUCCUCAGCUCCUCCUUCCCAGGGGCUCCAACCUCUUUGGAUAAAUGUGCCACUGGCCUCCGGUCUCUAACCUGCUUUCUCUGGAGUUCUGCCACAGGUGGUAUGGAGCUGGGUCCAAACCACGCUUGGGGACCAGUUCUACAAGGAAGCCAUUGAGCACUGCCGGAGCUACAACUCACGGCUGUGUGCAGAGCGGAGCGUGCGUCUGCCCUUCCUGGACUCGCAGACUGGGGUAGCCCAGAACAACUGCUACAUCUGGAUGGAGAAGAGGCACCGAGGCCCAGGCCUUGCUCCGGGCCAGCUGUAUACGUAUCCUGCCCGCUGCUGGCGCAAGAAGCGACGAUUGCAUCCACCAGAGGACCCAAAGCUUCGACUCCUGGAAAUAAAACCUGAAGUAGAGCUGCCCCUGAAGAAAGAUGGCUUUACCUCUGAGAGCACCACAUUGGAAGCCUUGCUUCGUGGUGAGGGUGUGGAGAAGAAGGUGGAUGCCAGAGAGGAGGAAAGCAUCCAGGAAAUACAGAGGGUUUUGGAAAAUGACGAAAAUGUAGAAGAAGGGAAUGAAGAGGAGGAUUUGGAAGAGGACAUUCCCAAGCGCAAGAACAGGACCAGAGGACGGGCUCGUGGCUCUGCAGGUGGCAGGAGGAGACAUGAUGCUGCUUCUCAGGAAGACCAUGACAAACCCUACGUCUGUGACAUCUGUGGCAAACGCUACAAGAAUCGGCCGGGACUCAGCUACCACUAUGCCCACACUCAUCUGGCCAGCGAGGAGGGGGAUGAAGCCCAAGACCAGGACGCCCGGUCCCCACCCAACCACAGGAAUGAGAACCACAGACCCCAGAAAGGACCAGAUGGGACCGUCAUUCCCAACAACUACUGUGACUUCUGCUUGGGGGGCUCCAACAUGAACAAGAAGAGUGGGAGGCCUGAAGAGCUGGUGUCCUGUGCAGACUGUGGACGCUCUGGUCACCCAACUUGUCUGCAGUUCACUCUGAAUAUGACUGAGGCGGUCAAGACCUACAAGUGGCAGUGUAUAGAAUGCAAGUCCUGCAUCCUGUGUGGGACCUCGGAGAACGACGACCAGCUACUCUUCUGCGAUGACUGUGACCGUGGUUAUCACAUGUACUGUUUAAAUCCCCCAGUGGCCGAGCCCCCAGAAGGAAGCUGGAGCUGCCAUUUAUGCUGGGAGCUGCUCAAAGAGAAAGCCUCAGCCUUUGGCUGUCAGGCCUAGGGCCUCAGGUCACAGGAUGUGACAUGCCACCAGAGAGGCUGAACUGGAGUCCUGUUUGAUCCAGAUGGAGCUCUCCUCCUGCAUAUUCACACAGACCAACUGUAAGGAAAAUGAAUAGUUACAGAAGGGCAUGGACCUGUGGAACCGAGAGGGCAAGGUCUCUACUCACCUACCGCCCGGCCCGUGACCUCCAGCCUCACCCGUGGGACUUCAGCCAGUACUUUCCACAUUUCUACCAGAGGGAGCUUGCACUUUGGAAGAACAAUCCAGCCCAGCCCUGUGGAAUCUUCUUCACAUUCACCCGCACAGUGCAUCCCUCUCAACACUUCCCAUUUUAGCGGAAGCCAUUUUGUGACUGUUCACCAAUCACUCGUGUGUUGAUGGUGUGUGUGUGUGUGUGUUUUAAACCUAUGGUGUUUCAAGAUCCCUUCACACAGCCUCUUCACCCUUAGCUUAGGCUCUUCAUCCUAAACUCUCACCGAGGAACAAAAUGCUGUGGAGAAAUUGUUACUUAUUACAAGCUUCCCUGGAAAUGUCUACGUUUGGAGGCCAUCUUGAAGAUGGAGCUUGGUUAAGAAGAGUUGCAGUUUUCAAACCUCAGCUGGGAUGGUCUUGAUCUACUGCACCACCAUUUGAUGAGGGGUGGAGAGAGCCCGAGAGAUGGGAGGAAAAAAUGGGACCCCGGCCUAACCAGUUAGUAUUUGCUGUUCAUCAAGAGAGACUUGGCAAGGGACCCAGUCGUCCUUUGACCUUCAGGACUGCGGUGUCCUUGAGGUGGGACAAACCACAGUCUGCAAACACAGAAAAGUGCUGAAGAUUCCCGGUGCCUCCCGACUGAAUUGAGUGUCAAGGCCUGGCUCAGUUUCUGCUGGUGGGAGACAAGCAUCAGAGAGGUGGGCAAAGGCUGCCCACUCAAUGGUCUGAGGUUGGAGGAAAGAGAGUGUAGCUUUGAGAAACCCUUCAGUGUUAAUGCUACACUAUGAAUUCCUUCCCCGGGCAAUUUCCUCCACUUUGGUGGAGUUAUGUGUUUGCCAGUGACUACUGCGAUGUGACUGGAAAUUUCAGAAUGGAGGAGAGAGGAUCAUUACUUAACUAGACCAUUGAGUGUGGUGAUUACUUGUGACGAGGUGGCCAUGAUUCAGAACCCUCGCCUGCCCUUGUACCUUGAGCUCCCCCGCUAUGAGCUGGACUCGCGUCUGAAAUAAGAAAGUUUCUAGAGAAAGGGGUAGGGAGGCCUAGAUUCCGAGAACUCUGUGUGUCGGAUGACAGACAGCCUUGUGGGCUGGCGUGGCUUGGGUUGUCUUUGAAUCGCAGCAACAGCGUGAUGACUGACAUAUUUCUAGAAAAAAAAAAAAAUCAUUUGCCCAAAGGGCAGGUCUCAGUGAGCAGGACCCUCGCGCAUGCUCUGCUUCCCUGAAAUCAGCUCCGUCGCCGUGGUCCAGCAGCUUGCAACAAAGGCCGGAGUUAUUUUUAGUCUUCAGCUCCCGAAGAAGCCCCUGGAGACCUGGGCUAGUUGGGCCACUCUGCUCAGAUGCAGGCUUGCCUCCGCCGCUCGCUCCGCAGGAGUCAUCCUCCCCCUGGCUAAUUGCUCUUGGCACCUGGACCCAGGGCAGCCUGGCAUGGAGCCAAGCGGUGUGCCCUCCCCCCCCAACUCCUUUGCAGAGUGACCUGUGGCAAGAGAGUGGGGGGUCACUCUCCUGCAGGCCCUGUGGCCUCAGAGCUGGUCACAUGCAUACAUAAUGAUCUCAUUUAAAGGGCCCCUGUCCAGACAGCAUUUCUGCCCUUCCUCACAAGCUCUCUUCUUCCUCCUGCUGGUUGCUGAGCCUGUGAGGAUUCUAAAGGCCCAGGGAAGGGCUGCGGGGAAAGCCCAUCUCCACAGAGUGGCACCUCUCCUCCCCAGACUCUGCUGGCUCACUCUCUCCUCCCACAAAACCUAAAGCAGGAUCUCCUCAAUGGCUAAUUAUUUGGUUGGGCAUUCGUUUUAAAUUAAUUUUAGGGGGGGAAAAAAAGGUCCAAAUGUUCCAGAAUGCUACACUGGCUUAAAAGUGGGGGAGAAAAAAAAAAAACCAAGUCUAAAACCCCAACCUGUGGCUCUGAGACCGGACAGGUUCCCAUAUGGAGUGUGCAUGAGUCCGUUCUCUAUAGACAUGCAGAUGAGGGGGGUGCUCCCUGUUCUAUAUCCAGCCAUGCUUGCUCUGCCCACCCAAGCUGAGGGGGAACAGGCCUCUCUAGCCACGUCAAGGCACCAGUUGGAGCUUGCCCGCAGUGCUGGGGUUAGCUGAGCUCUGGGUGACAUAAGGAAGGCUCCUGGGGUUCCCUUCUGUUUCACUGAGUCCUGCAAAAUGGGUUCAGCCUUGGUGCUUUGGAGGCUUCAGUUUGGUUCCCCGUGGAGAAAGUGGGGAGAGCAGAUCAGCUUGUGAGAUGCCCUGUCAGGGUGCCACCUCCUGUGUGGGG